UCCCGACAGAGUCGCCGCCACCUUUAUGGUUCAUUAUACGCCAUUUACUAAUACGACAGUUUGUAUUGAAUUAUUAUUGAAAUAUCGCGUUAUUAUUACGAUUUACGAUAGUAAUAGUAAUAAUACGUUUUGACCCGUAACUCGUAAUACCCGGCACAGUUUUUUCGUUUUUGUCGUUCCCCCCUAGUUCGUUUUGCGGUUUUGUCCCACAUAAAUCGCGUUCGCCCGGUGACGUUUUAAUAAUAAUAUAAUCGUUAAUCAUUAAUAUUGUUCGGCGGGCGCAAACCACGUACACGACAAUUAAAAUAUUGUUGAAGUGUACAUUUUGUUCGUCCGUUAUUUAUUUAUUAUUUUCCGCUGACGUCGAAAGAAAACCGUACGCGCUACAAAUUAAGUCGACGACCAGUGCAACACAUUUUAUCAACCGCCGCCGUAACGCACACUUCGAAUUUGUUAUUAUGCCUUAACGCUGUGGUGUUCAAAGAGGCCAUAUAAAGGAUCACUGUGAAUGUUAUACUAAAGGAUCACCGUGUAAACCACCAAGUCGUCCACAAUGGAGGACGCCCACGCAAAAACCGUGGAGGAGAUACAAAACUUCUUCAACGUAGAUCCAGAAAAAGGUCUAUCAAUUGAUCAAAUAAAAAGAAAUCAAGCUAAAUAUGGUCCAAAUGAAUUGCCCGCCGAAGAAGGCAAAUCAAUUUGGCAGCUUGUCCUCGAACAGUUCGAUGACCUACUAGUUAAAAUUCUACUAUUAGCUGCUAUUAUAUCUUUUGUAUUAGCAUUAUUUGAAGAACACAAUGACAUAAAUGAGACCCUAACAGCCUUUGUGGAACCACUUGUUAUAUUACUUAUUCUUAUAGCAAAUGCUGUGGUUGGAGUGUGGCAGGAACGAAAUGCAGAGUCAGCCAUUGAGGCACUUAAAGAAUAUGAACCAGAAAUGGGUAAAGUCGUUCGCGGCGACAAAUCUGGUGUACAAAAAAUCAGGGCGAAAGAAAUUGUACCUGGUGAUAUAGUAGAAAUAUCUGUAGGAGAUAAAAUUCCUGCUGAUAUUAGGUUGAUUAAAAUCUAUUCAACCACAUUGAGAAUUGAUCAGUCCAUUUUGACUGGUGAAUCAGUCUCUGUGAUUAAACAUACAGACGCCAUUCCUGACCCAAGGGCUGUGAACCAGGACAAAAAAAAUAUUUUGUUCAGUGGAACAAAUGUUGCUGCUGGUAAAGCUAGAGGUGUGGUCAUGGGUACUGGAUUAAAUACUGCCAUUGGUAAAAUCCGUACUGAGAUGAGUGAGACUGAAGAAAUCAAAACUCCUCUGCAACAAAAAUUGGAUGAAUUUGGUGAACAACUUAGUAAAGUUAUUUCAGUUAUCUGUGUUGCUGUCUGGGCCAUCAAUAUUGGUCACUUCAAUGACCCUGCCCAUGGAGGUUCUUGGCUGAAAGGUGCCAUUUACUACUUCAAAAUUGCUGUUGCUUUAGCUGUGGCUGCCAUUCCAGAAGGUUUACCAGCUGUCAUCACUACCUGUUUGGCUUUAGGUACUCGCCGUAUGGCCAAAAAGAAUGCAAUUGUUAGGUCACUACCUUCAGUUGAAACUCUUGGUUGUACUUCUGUCAUAUGUUCUGACAAAACUGGUACACUUACCACCAAUCAGAUGUCUGUUAGCAGAAUGUUCAUAUUUGAAAACAUUGAAGGAAAUGACAGUUCAUUUACUGAAUUUGAGAUCACAGGAUCAACUUAUGAACCAAUUGGUGAAGUAUUCCUUAAUGGCCAAAGAGUAAAAACCUCAGAUUAUGAAACAUUAAAUGAAUUAGGAACAAUUUGUGUGAUGUGUAAUGACUCAGCUAUUGAUUUUAAUGAAUUCAAACAAGCUUUUGAAAAGGUUGGUGAAGCUACUGAAACUGCCUUGAUAGUAUUAGCAGAAAAAAUGAACCCAAAUAAUGUUUCUAAAUCUGGCUUGGACCGUAGAACAACAGCUAUUGUUGUCAAACAAGAUAUUGAAACCAAAUGGAAGAAAGAAUUUACUCUUGAAUUUUCCAGAGAUCGUAAAUCUAUGUCUUCUUAUUGUACACCCAUCAAACCUACCAAAUUGGGUAACAGCCCCAAAUUAUUUGUUAAGGGAGCUCCAGAAGGUGUUCUUGAUAGAUGUACACAUGCCCGAGUUGGCUCUCAAAAAGUUCCUUUGACAUCUGCACUCAAAAACCGUAUUCUAGAACUGACACGUAAAUAUGGUACUGGACGUGACACACUUCGUUGUUUAGCCCUCGCUACUUCUGAUUCACCAACGAAACCAGAACAAAUGGAUCUUAAUGAUUCCAACAAGUUCCAUACUUAUGAAGUAAAUUUGACUUUUGUGGGAGUAGUUGGUAUGUUGGAUCCUCCUCGUAAAGAAGUGUUUGAUUCAAUUCAGAGGUGCAGAGCUGCUGGUAUUAGAGUUAUUGUUAUCACUGGUGACAACAAGGCCACAGCUGAAGCUAUUUGUCGUAGAAUUGGUGUGUUCACUGAAGAAGAAGAUACAACUGGAAAGUCUUACUCUGGGCGAGAAUUUGAUGAUCUCUCUCUGUCUGAACAAAAGUCUGCUGUAGCUAGAGCUCGUCUGUUCUCUCGAGUAGAACCAUCUCAUAAAUCGAAAAUUAUUGAAUAUUUACAAAGCAUGAAUGAAAUCUCUGCCAUGACUGGUGAUGGUGUGAAUGACGCACCUGCAUUGAAAAAAGCAGAAAUUGGUAUUGCUAUGGGUUCUGGAACAGCUGUAGCUAAGUCUGCUUCUGAAAUGGUGUUAGCUGAUGACAACUUUUCGUCUAUUGUGGCAGCUGUUGAAGAGGGUAGAGCCAUUUAUAACAACAUGAAACAAUUCAUCAGAUACUUGAUUUCAUCCAACAUUGGAGAAGUUGUUAGUAUUUUCUUGACUGCUGCACUUGGAUUACCUGAAGCUUUGAUUCCAGUACAACUUUUGUGGGUCAAUUUAGUCACUGAUGGUUUACCGGCUACUGCUCUAGGUUUCAAUCCACCUGAUCUUGACAUUAUGGAUAAACCCCCCCGUAAAAGUGAUGAAGGUUUGAUUUCUGGCUGGUUGUUCUUCCGUUAUAUGGCCAUUGGCGGAUAUGUUGGUGCAGCUACUGUUGGUGCUGCUGCUUGGUGGUUCAUGUACUGUGAAGAUGGUCCACAAAUAUCGUAUUAUCAACUGACUCACCAUUUAUCAUGUAUAAGCGGAGGAAGUGAGUUCAGAGGUCUUGACUGUGCGGUUUUCCAUGAUCCUCAUCCAAUGACAAUGGCUCUCUCUGUAUUAGUCACAAUUGAAAUGUUGAAUGCAAUGAACAGUUUAUCAGAAAAUCAAUCUUUGAUUAGCAUGCCUCCAUGGUGCAACUUGUGGCUUAUUGGUUCUAUGGUGUUGUCCUUUACACUUCAUUUUGUUAUUCUGCACAUUGACUUCUUAUCGACCGUGUUCCAAGUGACUCCUCUUACAGUUGAUGAAUGGAUCACAGUAAUGAAGUUUUCUAUACCUGUAGUGCUUCUGGACGAGACUUUGAAAUUUGUUGCCCGACGGUUCACUGACGGUACGCAAUCGAGUAUAAGCCGCUAUUAUGAAAUCGAUGGUCAGAUGGUAGAACGAGACAACGGCACGGCAAUGCCGACGACCAAGUCGUGCAAAUCACACGCAGACUAAAAGAUUUAAUUUAAUUUAAAAAAAAUUUCUUGUUCCGAUCGAUAGACCUAUUUUAUUAAUAUUCUAUAUAAUUUAACGGUAUCGCGCGCACCACCACCCAUAAAAUAUAAAAUAUAUACGUCUUGUUAUUUGAAAGCGCCGCCGCCCAUGCCCAUCGCUGUUACUUUUUAAGAAACUUUUUGUUUUGUUUACUUCCGUUUUUUUCUCGUAUCCGUAUAUAGUAUUAUUAUGUGUACGUAGAAGAAUAAUAAUAACAAUUAUUUAACACAUAAUCAUUGUAUACAACAGUUGCUUGAUUUGUUUUUAAUCCUGUGCAGCUACACACCGUUUACGCAUUUAUAGACGAAUUAUUUAUUUUUAUGUUUUAUCUAUAUAGCAGUACUAAUACGUAGAUAUUCGAGUAUUUAGACAUUAUUGUAUUUGUUUGUUUUUGUUUUUUUUUCUUUAGUAUCUAAUUUACUUUCGACGUAUAUUGUAGACGUAAAUAUUGUGCUUACAGCAGAGCUUACUCAUCGACACAUAGUCACAUUUUACACAUUCCUUUUCGCCAUCAUUCCGUUCGGUUCUCUAACCCAGUAAAACACAUAAUAUCUAUUAAUACAAUAUUUUUAACACUUUUAUUUUUCGGUUACGAUGUCUGAACGUUAACAGUUCUUUUGGUCAUUAUGGAAUGCGUAUAAAUAAUAAUAAAUCAAUGUUCUCAAUUCGUAAAAAAAAUAAAACAAUUAUUUUUUCGACCGUAUUCGUUAUAUAUUUGAUCAAACAGUCUUGAUUGUUUAGAAUAAAACAAGCAGAAAAGCCUGAACGCCACACAAGAUGUUUUCACAUCAAAAAAACACUCAAUAGUGAUAUACGUACUCGCAUAAUUAUUAUACUACAUUUUUUUACGUGGCCAAAAUUGAAAUAGCAAAUUUUUUUUACAUAUCGACGUGGCAUAAAAUAGUUAUUAUGUAGGCCAUGAAUAUGACUUCACAAUCCCUUAUUAUUAAUACUUAACGCGUCAUCGGUAUAACAUUUAACAUAUUAUACAUAACUACUUCAUCUUUAAUUACUUGUUUAAAAAGUUAUGUAUUAGUAUUGCUGUUUAAAAAUAACACAUCUGGUUUAAUUAAAACCAUUUUUUUAUUUAUGGAAUACAAACACAAAACUCACAAUCAUAUACAUCGGACUUCUUUAAGCACAAAAACUAACUAUGAAUUUAUUAAUUAUAAAAUUAAUGUAUUAUCUAUCUUAAUUUAAAUUAAAAAAUGUAUGAUUACACCUAUAUUAUUAACUCGUGAUGUUAUACGAUUUAUAAUUCUAAAUUUAGUUUCUUAGAAUAUGUAAUAUAACUAGCAUAGGAUCUAGAAUUUGGCUAGAUAAUUUUUUUAGUGAAAUAAAUCACAAUUAAAAUUCAACUGUGACAGAAAACAUAAUAUUGUUCUAAUAAGUUGACAAAUAAAAAUAAAAAAAAUCAUCUGGCCGAAUGACUAAAAUGCCUAAAAUGUUAUUAUAGUUUUUAAAAUCGACCUGGCAACAUAUUUUAAAUUCCUCAUCAAUGUUUGUAAAAAUAUAAUUUCAUUUGAACUAUGAUGAAUACAAAAUUGUCUUUUUUCUGUCAUACAACAUAAAUAAAAAUAAACUGUUCGAAUACGGAAAAUACCAAUAGAUGAACAAUAAAUGACAAAUUAUAAAUUCAGUUUCGAUAUGUUUGGACGUAAAAAAAUAACUGUUUAACUCGGUAAUUAGUAUGCGCUGCUGCUGCUGACCCUCUGGAAGUUUUAUGUUUUUUUUUUUAAGCCACCGAACUAUACUACCUACCUAUAUACCGGUUGUCGUCGAGUGCCAACUCGAGUUGCCAAUUUUUUUUCGUUUAUGUCGGCAGCAGACCACCUGUGAUGUGACCUGUUAAGUGCAGAGUCGUUCUAAAAUAAAACAAAUAAUUUCUCAUUAUUAAUAGCUAUUAGUAGAAAAAAAAUUAUACCGGUUUUUUUUUGUUGCGUUUAUCCGCCUAACACACGCAGCAAAAGAAAUGUAUAUAUAUUUUAACAUAGCGUUUUGGUUUUUUUAAUUGACUAUGCUAAUAAAACAAUUUCUGUUUA